AAGCUGGAGUGUUAGCGAAAAACUAGCAAUUAUUACUUAUCUUGAAAAAAAUCCCAAUGCUAGUAAACGAAAUACAGCAGAAAGAUUUAAUUUGCAACCAAAACAACUGCGUGAAUGGAUCAAAAAAAAAGAAGAAUUAAUACGUUCACCACAACAUAUUAGACGAUUAAAUAAUGGAGGACAUGCAAAAUAUCUAAUGUUAGAAACAGAUCUU